AUGGCGUCGACGACUGCCACCCCGCAGGGCAGCGUUCGGCAGCGCAACACUGCGAAGCGGCCUACCACGCCGGGCGCCGCUGCCGACGACAUCGCCAACGCACUGAACAAGUCCGUUGCAAAGACCAGACGCACCGGUUCGGACCGCGAAUACGGCGUCGGUCUCCUCAUUACCACCAUUCUUGCCUUCGUCACCCGAUUCUGGGGCAUCAGCCAUCCCAAUGAAGUCGUCUUCGAUGAGGUUCACUUUGGCAAGUUUGCCUCUUACUACCUCGAGAGAACCUACUUCUUCGAUGUCCACCCUCCGUUCGGAAAGCUCCUCUUUGCUUUUAUGGGAUGGCUUGUUGGCUACGACGGACAUUUCCACUUCGAGAACAUUGGCGACUCAUACAUCUCGAACAAGGUGCCCUAUGUCGCCUUCCGAGCUAUGCCCGCCAUCCUUGGCGCCCUGACCGUCUCCGUUACCUACCUCAUCAUGUGGGAGUCUGGGUACAGCCUGCCUGCUUGCCUGUUGGCUGCUGGUCUGGUUCUGCUUGACAACGCCCACAUUGGCCAGACUCGAUUGAUCCUCCUGGACGCCACUCUUGUCUUCGCCAUGGCCUGCAGUUUGCUCUGCUACAUCAAGUUCUACAAGCUGCGCCACGAGCCCUUCUCGCGCAAGUGGUGGAAGUGGCUUGUCCUGACCGGCUUCGCCUUGUCUGCCGAUAUCUCGACCAAGUACGUUGGUCUCUUCGCCUUUGUCACCAUUGGCUCGGCUGUGAUCAUUGAUCUCUGGGCUCUGUUGGACAUUAAGAGACCCGGUGGCGCCCUCAGCCUUCCCGAGUUCGCCAAGCACUUUGCUGCUCGCGCCUUUGGCCUGAUCAUCCUGCCUUUCAUGUUCUACCUCUUCUGGUUCCAAGUGCACUUCGCCGUUUUGACCCGAUCGGGUCCUGGCGACGACUUCAUGACCCCCGAGUUCCAGGAGACGCUGAGCGACAACGUCAUGCUGGCCAACUCACUGACUGUCGAGUACUACGACACCAUCACCCUCCGCCACAAGGAGACCAAAACCUACCUUCACAGUCACGAGGACCACUACCCUCUGCGCUACGACGAUGGUCGUGUUUCCAGCCAGGGCCAGCAGGUCACUGGCUACCCUUACAACGACACCAACAACUACUGGCAGAUCAUUCCCUUGGUCGAUGACCACGCGACUGGCAAGCCCGUCAGGAACCAGGAUGUUGUUCGUCUUAGGCACUUGGGUACCGACACCAUGCUCUUGUCUCACGACGUAGCCUCGCCUUACUACCCCACGAACCAGGAGUUCACCACGGUUCCUUUGACCGAGGCGUACGGCGACCGUCUCAACGACACACUCUUUGAGAUUAGAGUCGAGAACGGGAAGCCAGGCCAGGAGUUCAAGAGUAUUUCGAGCCACUUCAAGCUGAUCCACAACCCCAGCAAGGUUGCCAUGUGGACUCACACCACUCCCCUCCCUGAAUGGGGACACAAGCAGCAGGAGAUCAACGGCAACAAGCAGCUGGCACCGAGCUCCAACAUCUGGUUUGUUGAGGACCUCCCCUCGAUUCCGCUGGACUCCAAGAGACGCGAGAAGCCCGAGAAGGAGGUCAAGACUCUGUCCUUUUUCCGCAAGUGGUUUGAACUACAGCGUUCUAUGUUCUGGCACAACAACCAGUUGACCAGCAGUCACCCCUACGCCAGCCACCCCUACCAGUGGCCCUUCCUGCUCCGCGGUGUCAGCUUCUGGACCCAGAACGACACCCGCCAACAGAUCUACUUCCUUGGCAACCCUAUUGGCUGGUGGCUCGCCAGCAGUCUGUUGGCUGUUUUUGCUGGUAUUAUCGGCGCGGACCAGGUGUCACUUAGACGGGGUAUCGACGCUCUUGACCACCGCACUCGGUCACGGUUGUACAACUCCACCGGCUUCUUUUUCCUGGCUUGGGCCACCCACUACUUCCCGUUCUACCUGAUGGGCCGCCAACUCUUCCUGCACCACUACUUGCCGGCUCACCUCGCUUCUUGUCUGGUUGCUGGUGCUCUCCUAGAGUUCAUCUUCACCGCUGAGCCCGCGCCCGAGGAGGGAUACCAGCCCAUCAAGGGCAACAAAAAGGCCGAUGGACCCAAGAGGCACAUUUCCGCCCGCGAGCGGUUUGCCGGCCAAAGCCUCGUCGGUGCCUGGAUUGCUUGCGGUGCCAUUCUGCUCCUUGCUCUUGCCGGCUGGUACUUUUUCCUGCCGUUGACUUACGGCUACCCUGGUCUGAGUGUUGAACAAGUCGUCCGUCGCAAGUGGCUCGGCUACGACCUGCACUUUGCCAAAUAA